UACAUCUUCUCCGUUUAGCAGCUCACAGAGUGGAGGCUCUUGGAAUGGAAUGGAAACGCCGAAGUCUGGGCAUAGCAGCAGCACCUAUGGUGCUUCUCCGGGAGGUCCUAGCGAUCGUGGGGGAUGGGUCCGCGGCCAUCAGAAAGAUGGCGGAGCCUAUGAAGAGGAAUUGCCAAAGUUCAUCACUGCCGCGGGCUUUGCUGUAGCCCGGGCAUCAGAAGUGCAAGCCAUGAUGAAAGCGGUCACCAAGGAGACGGGUAGCUGCCAUGUGUCUGGGGCUAUUCCUAAUCACAUGAGGCGGAGGGCCAUGAGCCACAACACCAAGAGGCUGCCUUGCAGGUUAAGGGAGGUGGCCACCCGGAUGAGAGAGAAGGGUCUCAAGGCGGGCCCAAAGAAGAAGGAGCAGCCCAAGAGCAAGAGCCGCAAGGCCCGCCGUCGCCACGGUAACCUACUCCUGGAGUUCAACAGGCGGCAGCGGAAGAACGUGUGGCUGGAGACGCACAUCUGGCAUGCCAAGCGCUUCCACAUGCUGAAGAAGUGGGGCUACUGUCUGGGCGACCGGCCCACCGCCAAGUGCUACCGUGCCUGCUACCGUGCCAUGAGCCACCACUGCCUACUGCAGGAUCUGUCCUACUACUGUUGCAUCGAGUUACAGGGAGAUGAAGACAAGCUCCUUGCCUGCCUGUCUCAGUUGACCAGCAAGGACACAGGUCCUACGUUUGCUGCGGUGCUCGCCCUGUCCGGGCGGAGGCAGGGCAGUGCCACCGUGUACCGAGCAGGCCAGUACCCCUCCCAGCCCCUGGGUCCGGUGACCUUCCUCUGGAGGCCCAGGACACCGGGCUCCUCUCAUAGACAGCUGUGGAUCUGGGCCCAUCCCACCCUCAAACAGAACCUCUUCCCUGAGCUGCAGAGCGUGUGCCAGUGCAGAGAGCCCGUAAUCCCGGCCGUCGCUCUGGUGGUCACGCCUGCGGAGCCGGGCCCCAGUGCCUCAAAACCAGGACCCCGUCAGGCGAAGAAGAGCCCCGGGGCCAAGAGGAAACGCAGUGCCGGGGACGGUGAAGCACCCCCGGAGAAGAAGAUCGUCGGCGAUGGGACGAGACCUCCCUCGGCCCCGGUCACCUGGACCUCGGCCUCCACGGGGAUAGUCAUUAAUGACCUCACCAUGGAAGUUGUGCGGUACCGACUGAUUGGCCCACAGUCUCACGCUGUUCUGACAGAAGCCCUGGAGGCGGCCACAGACUGUGAUGCCGUGAGCAAACCCCAGGCCUCUCCCCUUUGGUGGCCCCAGCACUGCAAAGACCAGGCCCAGAUGACCCUACACCGGCAGCAAGCGGAGGUCUUCCAGACACUCAAAGGUGUCUGCUCCACAGGGGAGGUCCCGCCAGGCACAGUGCUGGGUCUCAAUGUGGAGGACCCCAGGUUGGCCCUGCCCCAGAAGAGAACCCAAGCUUUGUCUGUCGUUUCUGCGGACCAAGAUAUUGACGAGACGACAAGGGAACUGAUGUUGAAAGGGGUACCCGAGCACUGCUGUCAGAGUUCCCUGUGGGACCGCUUUGUACGCGACAACGUCACCGAUAACAAGUUAUCCGAACAGGAGAUCAACCGCCGGAAGAGAGAGGUGUUGGUGCCGGGCUCCAGGCUGAGACCCACCCCGCCGCAGAGCCGGGUGCCCGUGCUGAUGGUGCAGCAGCCUGGGAAGCAGGUGGGCCAGGAGAUGAGCGGCUGGGGCGCCGGGUGGGAUCUGCUGCUGCCCAAGGGCUGGGGAAUGGCCUUCUGGGUCCCACUGGUGUACCGAGGCGUUCGUAUUGGGGGUCUGAAGAUGAGCCUGAAACACUCCCAGAACAAAGGAGCCCCCCAUUUCCCCCACGACUUCCCAGACUGCCCUGCCGGGGUCUGCUUCCAGGGGGAGCAGGAGACAGAGCUCCUGAACAAGUUCAAGAGGCGCCCGCCUGCCAAAAGGACCAAUUACAUAAAACAUGGCUGUCUGGCUCCGUUCCGUUGCCCCUGGCAACAGCUGGUGGAGGAGUGGGAGCUCAUCACGAGCGAGGCCCCGGAGGUGGGCAGCAGCAGCAGCAGCAGCGGCGGCGUCGAGGAGAGGCGAGGACAGGGCGGUGUGGAGCCUGGAUGGCGGCCGCGACCGGAGACAGCGGUGCAGAGCGGCUCCAGUGUCCUGAGGAACAGGAAGUCUCUGAAGCUGCUCUCCAAUUGGUGCCGGCCCACCACUGCAAAAGGUCAGAGGGCUCUCCGCGCCCGGGACCAGGCGCCUCUCGACGCCGCGUCUGGGGCCGCGCUGCUCGCCGCGCACGUGAGGGCGUUGGCGUGGGUGCGCCUGUCCCUGCUGUCCAAGGGACGCCCGGAGCUCCAUGCCCAGGUGUGCGUGGCCACCCAGGAGGACCUGCAGCGCCUGGGCGACAAGAAAGAGGCCUACAGCGGCCCCCUGGAACACCCCCACAAAGACCGCUUCAAGAACAAGGUGAAGCGCCGCAAGAAGGGCGGCAAGAAGGGCAGCAAGAAGGUAUCUCCGGUCCCCAAGUCCUCCACCACGCUCCCCACUCCGGAAGCCCCCGACCCGCACCCCGACUCUCCCCUGGCCCUAGCAGCCUGCUCGCUCCCUGCGGCGGCGGGCCAGACGUCCGCCAGCCCUUCCUGCCCCCCCGCCCCGGCUGAAGGCCCCUCCUCCUCCUCCUCUGCCGCGUCUCCCGCAAACCUGGUCUUAGGCCUGUGGCCCGAGCCCCUGCCCAGCGUCACGGCGCACUGCUCACGGGUGACGCUGGGCUGGGUCACCCAGGGAGACUUCUCCCUCUCGGCCGGCUGCGGUGAGGCGCUGGGCCUGGUCAGCCUGGAGGGCCUGGUCCACACCCUGAUGGCUCAGCCCGCGGAGCGGAGGGGCCUGGUCCUCCUGAGGAACCCCAGCGCCCUCCACUACCGCUGGGCCAAGAUCAACCUGGAGGCCUGAUCCCGGGGCCGCCCGCCAAGCCCGUUGGUGGGUGCCGCGAGGGGCACUGAGACAAGCCCUCCGUAAGUUACAUUGCCCUUAAGUUAUACAAGAUGAGUUUCUGGUGGUUUAUUUGAGAAGCGUUGGACAUUAUUGCACCCUUGAGCAACAUAGAAAAGGAUACCAUUUAAUUUGACAUGUGGGUGAGGAAGUAAACAUGCCAUUCUUCUGUUUAAACGAUAGCUUUUAUUUUUGUAUUUUUUCCAAAAGAUUGGCUCAAGAUAUUUGAUGUGAUGAUGACUUUUCCUUUUCCCAAUAGUGGUAAUCUUUAAAUUCCUUUUCAUCAGAAAAUCUUCCAAUGGCCUGAAAUUUAAAGAUCAGAAAAUCCGAAACAAUAUUUGAGCCAUUCCAAUAAAGUCCUCGUUUGAUCUGAAUCUGAGCCAGCGAUUUUGAGUCUCUUUAGACUGCCAACGAAAGCCGAAUUGCAUCUCUCCAUUUUCCUGCAGUGUAACCAAUCCAUCAACAAAGUCAAGCCUGUAUGCAGAAGGGGCAUUAAAAUGUAUCUAUUGGUGAAGUUCCACCUUGCAUGAACCCUGGGUGCCCACACAUGUGUAGGAGGUAAAUUAGAGGGUUGUUGCUUGGCAACGCUUAACUUUUCCUAACACUUUGCUGUGCAGUCGACAUGGUGACCUGAGGUAAAGAUGGCUGUUUAUGGCAGGUUAUUAAAAUGUGCUUAUAAACCAAUAACAAGGGAUUUCAUGGGCUGCCUUUGUGAGCUGUGAGGAUUUGAGGUCUACCCAGAGAAAAUGCUCACUAAGCUUUAUAAUGUGGUACAAAAAAGGAAGUUGCAGAACACACCUUUUUGCUUCAUCUCAUUGUUACACGAAAGUUAUCCUACUUUAUCAGUAUUCUGGGACAAUUACCUCUUGUUAAUCAAUCUCAAUGGAUGCUUAAUGAAUAUUAUGCAAACGUUAGUCCCUUAAUAAUUUAUUGGGUGCGCCGUGAUUUGAACCAGAAGCAGCAGUAUGCCUGACCAUUGUCAUUACCUCCUUCUGCCAGAAGAGGGCACAAAUGCACUGACUUAAACCGCAUGGCUUUACGCGAUCUGUAGACAAUGUUUAACGUCACAUACUUUCCUGUAUCCUCUAUACAAUUACACUACAUCAUUGCUGUGGUUAUGGAGAUAUUUAGAGCUGUAAAAAAUAUCUAUAUUAAUAAAGCCAUAACGGAUUGUGUUGGUUGGGGUGGUUGGUCUCUUCAAAGAAAACAAGGAAGAUUGG